UCUGUUACGCGCACCCUAUAGACUGGGCUAUACGACUCAAACGAGGAGUGUAUUAAUGAUAGCCCUGGUGCAUGGACGUAGACUCAAUUAUUCCAGAAUCCUCCUCACGCAAGGCUUCAAGGUGUCCACAAGGACUUUUGCACAACACCGGAACGUUGCUUUGACGGCUUCGAAAUGACGUUUCUAUCUGCCCUCUCCCAACAUUUCAAUUUCACAUUCACGUUGGUGCCAAACCCGGAGGGAACAUUUGGAGGCGUGGAUGGCGAACGCUGGAAAGGCAUAAUUGGCAUGGUGCACCGAAAGGAAGUAGAUGUCUCCUUCGGCGGCCUCAGCAUCAUGUACAACAGGGCCAAGUACGUCGACUACAUUCACCCUUACAUUGUGGACUGCUUCGCCUUCGUCACAAAAGUGCCCAGACGGAUGCCCUUCACCCACGCCAUAGUGCAACCCUUUCGAGUCGAGGUCUGGCUGGGCCUCCUGGCAUCGCUUGCCGUGGGCGCUAUCGUACUGCGACUCCUACAGCGCUGGACUCCAGGUCACUCUCUGGUCGGCAGAGUACCAGACUUGUGGCUCUUACUGGCCACACUCGCCUACCAGAGCGGAUGGCGUUCGGAAUAUCAAACUACCAGCUAUCGUAUCUUCCGUGGCACAUGGCUGGUUCUUGCGGUUGUGUUGGCACAGGCGUACUGCGGCGUUCUGCUUGCAGUGCUCAGCAUACCUCAGUACGAGGAGGACAUAGACACUGUAAGUCAGCUGGAGGAGGCCAUAAAGAGCGGGAAGAUGACAGCAGGCACUGCCAAUGGAACAGCGCAAGUUAGACUCAUCCAGAUGUCGACGACAACCAUCAUGAUGCUUAUCCGACGUCUGCUGGACGAAGAUUACGACCUGUUGGUUCCUCGCAAGGCCUUCGGUCUUGAGAAGGCUAUCCACGAAAAUUACGGCUAUAUCGACACCAGAAUGGGUCUGGUCGCUGCUCUGUCAGAUAUGAAGGCCACCACCGUGAAGGUGUCUACCGGGCACAUGGGGAACUCUUAUAUGUCCAUGGCCUUCCAGAGGAACUGCUUCUACAGGCCACAUAUCGACACUGUGGCGCAGAGGUUCUUGGAGACCGGUCACUUCAUAAAGUGGCUACGGGACGACGCCUUUCGCUACUUCCCACGGGUUCUGCCUGAUGAUGAUGGCCCCGAGUUCUCUCCCCUGACCACGUCAGAUCUUGUGAGCGCAGUGAUCAUCUUGCUGGGAGGCUUCAGCAUCGCUUCUGUAGUCCUUGCAAUCGAGGUGUUUCACUUCCGAUAUCAGGCUCGUCGGAAGCGCCGGAGUACCAAAAGCGGUAAAAACCGUAUAGCGCUCCAGCCCCAUUCUCUCUUGAUGCGAGGGGAGGAUGUGUUUAAACCCUCCCACCGAAACCCACUUAACAAAAGAGGCAAAUCUAGAUUUGUCCACCAGAAGUACUGAUAGAGGGAAGUAUGCAUAACGCCGCUACCAACUAAUUAUCUUGUCUUCAUGAUCCUACCUAAUUUAUGUCAUCUAUACAAUUCCACGUGUUUCACAUUGCAUUCUCCCAAAGUAUUUUCUUCUAUUUGUGACGAGGAAGUAUCAUAAAAUAGAUUUCUAGUCUUGACAAGUGUGACGUCAUAUUGUGUGCAAUCUGGCACACGUCUGGCAACAUUGCUCCUCGAAGUUCGCUUCCUCUAACACGCAGCGUCAUU